ACAAAACACAAUGGGGGUCUCCGGGCAAAGACUGUUUUUACGCCUGCUCUCCCUAUACCCCACCCUGGUCUCCUGUGCCAGGUAGCCGCUUGUCUCACCUGUACCGUCCGCCCAGUGGAUGAUCACCUGAGCUGUGAGGAUCGUGGCAGACGCUCUGGCCGACACCACCACAGUCUCGCCGACUCCUUGAAGUGGUGCAACUCUCGUCUGCUCGCUCGUCGUGCGCCCUUGAGACACCUACGGCCCUCCGACCGUCGUCAUGGCUGAUGAAGAAAUUGUAGAGUCUGCUCUUACAGAGACAGAGGACAGGCCGCCCUCAGCGGCGAAGUAUCUUGAACCUGGUGAACCUGGUGAACCCGGUGAACCCGGUGAACCCGAAGUUGAGGCAGAACAACAAGUAGAACAGUCAAAGGAAGAACCAGAUUCAGAUUCAGACAAGAAGAAAUCAGGGUCUGAAGAUGAAGGGUCUGAUUCAAAAUCAGAGAAGAAAAAGAAGAAGAAGAUAAAAAAGUCAAAAUUCCGAGGAAAAGUCAAAAGAAGGAUCCGAUUCGGAAUCAGAGAAAAAGGAAAAGAAAUCAGGGUCUGAAGAAGAAGAAGGGUCUGAUUCAAAAUCAGAGAAGAAAAAGAAGAAGAAGAAAUUAAAAGAAAAGACAAAAUCUGAGGAAAAAUCAAAAGAAGGAUCCG